GGUGCUGGAAUGGAUAGUACGAUUCAUUUAUACUCAGCACUAUUACUCAUGCUUGAUGGCUUUUGACAAGGCGGCAGGGUUUCGUUACGAGUUGGAACGAAUAUAUAAGCGAUUUCUGAAUAACGAAGACUCAGAACUCGAUAUUCCAGCCGCUGGAGAAAUGCUCAGGGAGCUUGACUGGUUACAUAAAUUGAUGCUCUAUAGUUCAAUAGUACCAUGCGUAAUUGUUUGCCUUCUUGGGUUAUUUCAUGUCUAUUUUUUCAUGAUGUACACUUCUAACGAAGAAAUACGAUCUGGUAUGUAUUACCUUGUCAUGAUGCCACCGGUAACAGUGGCAACAUCGCUGAUGGCCAUGUUCAUUCCUCGUUCAGCUGGAUUUCUUUCCGCUGUCACCACAACAUACUACAUGAUAUGCAUGUUCAUGAUAGUGCAACUGAUGUUCGAUAUGUAUGGAUGUCGACGGGCAUUGGCCCGUUACCUUAAAAGGAAUCGCAUCAAAAUCAAGUUGGCAGUACCGCCGUAUGCCUCGUAUUGCACCUGCCUACCAGAAAUACGACCUCGAUUGCGAAACAUUCUGAACAUUGAAGCGUGUAUUCUACAAACAGUAAUUGUUCGUAUUGUUCUACAGAUAUUAGAGCUUAUUGCAUAUUUUGAGUUGAGACAUCGGCACCAUGUAUUUUUCACCAUAUCAAAUCUUGUAAAUAUUAUAUCAAUGUACAUAUCAUUGUAUUUUGCUUAUGUACUGAUAGAAGUAGCAAAGGAUAGGUUGGAGCCGUACCGUUUUGCAUUACUAUUCAAAAUCCAAGAUAGCAUAAUGUCCCUACCAGCACAUCAAAAGCUAAUACUGGACCUCGUUGUGGCACUGGAUUGGAUUAAAAAUGUCAAAAAUCUCCCCGCUUCUAACGUUGCAAUGUUUUACUUGAAUUUCUUGCUUAUAUGGGAAUUCCUCCUUGUGUCGCUUUUUUCCACGUAUGCAUUCGAACCAGACAAAACCAAGUUAUUCGACGUACUUUACCGAAAGCAAGAUGAAGAGGAGGAUCUCAAAACGGCUUCAAUACAACAAGAAGAGUUUUUGAAUUCCGUAUUAUCAGAAUCUUGUGAGGAAAUACAGCCUCCAGCCAGGCGUACAAGAUCGUAUCUGAAGUUUCAUUAAAAAUUCGUCUUCUGUCGAAUCGGUUGUUGAGGAGAGAUUGGAUUUUUGAGCCUCGUCCAACUUCUUCGAUUCAGAAGAUGUUGCUGGGUCCUACAAAGAAUCUCACAUUACUAAAGUAGUUGUCUUAAUCUGGCCAUAUGAAAAUUGUAGC